UUCUGGAGUGGCUCCACCCCCUUGCUCCUGACCAGGGUUCUUGGACGCUGAACGCCUUGGGCAGUGGGCUUUCACCCCCCUCAUGGACUAAGGAUUCUUGACUGGAGCACCUAGGUCCGCUUGCCAGAGGGAGCUGUGUGACAUGUGGGUCCCCUCCCAAGUCACUUUGCAGUUUAUAGGAAUGUUUUGGGUCUCGAGGAGUAGCUGAUCGAGGUGAUGUUGAGUCUGGGCCUGAUUUCUCCGGGCUUCUUCGGCCUGGAGCUUGAGCGCUGCUGCCUCCUGCUCCAGAAGGGCGUUGCUCCUUUCGUUGAGCCUUGCCUGGACGAUGAGGUUGUGGGCGAGGCCUCCGAUGAGUUUCGCCCAUUCUCUGUGGCUGUAGCUCUGCAUCGGAUCGUGGGCCAUCAGUCGAUCCAGGUCCCCGUCCAGUUGUUCGCGGCUCAGGUGCUGGAGGUCCCCGGCGGCGUUGGGCAGGAUCGUUGUAGUCAUGACGCCCAACCAGGUCUCGAGGUGGUCCCAGUGGGUGCCAGGGCUGGAUGCUUGCGACAUAGUGGCUUUACUGUUGACGAGAGUGAAACAGCACAACACAAGGAAAGGACCAAUGCAAGCUCUUACGGGACUAGCGGUUUACGCGUUACGUAAUUAGUCAAAUUUUGUAUGUGUUUCCAGUUAACUGGUGCAGACAGUUAGUGGGAUAUAGGCCGGACACUUAUCGUCGUCAGCCAGGGGGCCACGUGGGCCAAUUUGUGUGGGUGAGUGCCGGAUUUAAAUAAAGAUUUUGACAGGCGGUAGUUCUACGAGUCCUCUGAUGACUCUUGGCUGCUCGGUCGUCUUAUCUAUUAUUCAGCUUUCCGUGGUGGCUCUCACAGGCUCUGCUUUUACGUGGACUGAAAGAAACAAACACAGUAGAAAAGCAAAACAGAACAGAACAAGAUGCAUGCAAUUACAUAAAAUAGAACAGGAAACAAAAUAGAAGGGAAUAAAAAUAGAAUAGCAAUAAAAUAAAUCACGAAGGGCUAGGAGGGCGAAGUGAGACUUAAGCUUCCUAUCACAACGGGGUUUAUAAAGGGGCCAGUCGAGGGCGCUGUCGCAUCAUUUAACCUAAAGGGAUGGUAUUGCUUAAAGUAUAAGGGUUGGCCAGCACCUAAAUGAUCAAAGAAUAUGUAAUAUUCUGUGGGUUUUACUAAGGUAAGGGACCGUAUGUUGUUACUCUAGGCCUGGGUGAAUUGCGAGUGCCCAGAUGAGAACUCAAUGACAGAGCAGCCUCCCCUAGACGUUCUCACACCCGACUGCGGUGUCCGUGGACACCCUGCCCCCUUUGCACCACGACGCAGCCUCUCAAACAGGGACUCUCAGCACAAUUGCAUUUUCAAGCGAGGUAUUAAUGCCAACGGCCAGAUUGACAGGUCAAAAUUGAAUUUUUUCACAACCCCAAAGUACUCAAAGGGCAGUUCUGUCGAGCAGAAACAGGGAAAUUAAACAAAAUUGCCUUGAUUUGUCAAAAUGGACUCCUCCCUGCACCUGACACACCCAAACUAAUGGUGUUCCUGCGUGUUGCCCGUGGUACGAGGCCAUAAACGUCCUGCGAUUCACGCACAGCCACAUGACAAGAUCCGCUAGGCCAGGCAACUCCACUCACUGGAACUCACUGGAGCAACCGUCAACUCACCGCAGAGCGCCGGGGGCCCUAUCUGCAACUAUACAAACGGUCAGGCAAGCACAACUCCACUGUUAACCUAAAUUUCAAUUUAAAUCUUGCUUAAACUAAAUUUAAAUAAUUAAGUGUGUAGGGCAACAGGAUAGGGGUCUAAAAAUGAAAUAGCUAGAAGCAGAAACAAAAUAAACAAAAGGCAAAGUAAAACAAAACAGUUCCGAUGCACUUGAUUCAAAUUUGAAUUAAACUCUGUUCAAUUGAAUUUAAACAAGUGCAUAGACUAAUAGAAUGGGAAAAGAGAGAGAGAAGGGGACAGUUUAGAAGCACUUGGUUCAAAUUUGAAUUAAACUUUGUUCAAUUAAAUUUAAAAUAAGUGUAUGAAAUAAGGGAGGCUUGGUGUGUAUGUGAAUGUUAUUGCCAGCCAAUAACAAACAGGACUAAGAGUGAAUGAAAAAGCAUUAAGAAAUACAAAGGAAAGAAUUUCCACAGUAAACAAAAAAAAAAACUCAAGAGGAAGAGAGAGAGAAUAGCAAAGGGAAAUAAGUUAAACCAAAUAGAGUACAAUAAAAAUAAAAUAGAAAAGUAAAUCUGUGACCACAGGAACGGAAAGAGAGGGAAGGACACACAGAUGGCAGGGAAUUGACUUCCGGAAAGUGUUCACAAGGGGGAGCACUUCCAGAAUGUGAAUUCUCUUGUUGGAAGGGAAGCUUAAUUUAAAUUAAAAACCUAAACGUAUUUAAAUCAAAUUCAAAUUAGUAAACCACAUCCAAAAAUGAUGGAAAAGCAUACCCAUCACAAGCAAAUUCCUUUUACAAACCCAAGCAGAUGAGAGCAGCAAAGGUAAUUUGGAAAACAUGCAGAUCAACGUAUGGAGAGCAGCGUUAACUCAAAAUGUCCACACAGUGGCGUUAAUGAGUUCAAACAACAAUAAAGUAGGGAGGGGUGCCACACCUGAACAGACUGCCCUCUGGCGUCUGGUCAGAGUUACUGCAUCCACCUUCUUUAAUUCAUGAUAAUUUUAAAUUCGCAUUACAGCUGAUUUAACUGCACUUAUCACAGAUACUAACUUUUUAGAAUCUCGGCGGAUUCUUUGGUGCCAGUUCAGUGGACAAAUAUGCAACAUUUACUCACGGGUACACAACUUUGGGAAUCAGUCCCCUUUUGUGCAGACUUAGUGCACACAAAUGUAACUUUUUGCAGGAUAAUUCUGCUGUUUCGAGUCGCGCUGGAUCAAGGCGCUAACGUAAACUCCAAAUUUUACAAGUCAAAUCGUGUUAAUCAGAUAAACUGUCUCCAGAUUAGAUUUGCAAAAGGAAAUGUAUUAGUUAGCUAAGCCAAUUAUUCUACCAAGGGAGUGACGCUAUUUUGGAAUUAUUGGACGACGCAAGUAAUUUCAAAUUUAAUAGCGGUACAAAUAAGGCCUUCUAAAAAAAAUAGGUAGGAAUCUCGCCACCAAUCUUUCAAACGCUGAAUACGAUUCAAUUCGAUUAUUCAAGCGGGAAUUAAUAUUAACAACUGUAUUGCAAAAAGAUUGUCGCCUUUUGCAGAUACAGAGUUUGCAAUAUUAAUUUUGACUGCAGUUUAUUUCACGAGCGUGUUCAGACACGAAUAGCAAGCUUAACUAUCUUCACAUUGAGGACGCGUGUGUCUUGUCUCACUGAAUAAACGCGCAUACACAUUAAAAUCACACAAAUUAUUCUGGAUUGCUCAUACACCAAAAACCAAGUUUAAAACGUUGCUCGCAAAAUCUCCACCAAAUGUAUGUAACGAAUCUGUACAGCUAUUAAUCAAUUUAUGAGUUAGAUAUAUGAAUAUAAUAAAGCUUUGAUUUAUUAUACAUAUAUCGACCCGAGGGGGAAUUAAACAUAUAUUGUGAAUUAACUACAACGAAUUAUAAUCAAUUACAUAUAUGAUUAGCUCUAGUUUAAUAAUUAUUAAGGGAAACUAUGUUUGUCCAGCAAACCCUAGCUCCUCCUAGAAUAUUAUAAACAGAUUUAUUCUUUGGCCACAAGAAUAAAUUCCUAUUAUAGCAUCAAAGCAUAAAGUGAUCGAAAAACAUUAAAGUGACUUGGCUUUCGUUUCAAUGAGCAAACAGAACAAUCGAGCAUGAAUAAUGGGUUUAAUAUAUACAAACUACGACUACAGAGGUUAUACGGUUAAAUAGGCACAAAUACACAAACGAAAGUACAGGCAGAAAAAGAGAGAGAGAGUUCAGAACAGUGGCAAUAUUACAAACAAUAGCUUAACUCUUUCCCCGCCAAACACGGAAUUUUCCGGGUUUUAUGAUAAAACGCUUCCCCGCCAAACACAGAAUUUUCCGGGUAUCCGUGUUUUAGGUGGUAUAUGGUAAGGAAGACCCGUGCGCAUGCUCUGAAAGAGUACGGAACUUUUUGAUCAAAUAAAUUCACUGCGAUCGGCUCAAACAUGAAUGGAGUAGCGAGAAUGUAGGUCAAAAUAUCUGACGGACAAAUGAAGAGGUAUACGGCUGAUCAAGUACUGGAGGUGUUGAUGUACUCGGAGUCCGAUCACUCCUUAUUUGAUCAUUCUGAAUCUGAUCGGGAAGAGAAAGUUCUAGUCAUGGAUGAACAGCAGAUAGAUUGUUCACCCGUCGAUCUGGACGAAGACAAAGUUCACCUAUGUGUCGAAGAGUGGACAGUGACAGUUCAGACUGUGAUACUUCGGACAGUGAGUGGACGCAUUCAAGGCCAAGAUCUCAUUCGUCGUUCCCAGGUUGCAGAACGUGUAGAGGUAGAACACAGCGAGGCAGAGGCCGGAUGUGUCAGGUACAUUAACAUGGUGCUGCUGGUGACCAAACAAGGGCCACUGUGAACCAUCCAGCUGAAGAUACUGAACCUGAUGAUCCUGAGUGGCAUGAAAUGAACUGGCAGGCAAAAAACAUUCCCUUCACUGAGAAUCCUGGCCCUAUUGGUGAUGGUGCUGCUCUUGAGUCAGAACAACCUGUAGACUUUACUGAGUUGUUCAUUUCUGAUGUACUUUUACAGAACAUUGUUGAUCAGACCAACCUGUAUGCUGAUCAGUAUAUUCAGGCUAUGGAUGACACUUCAAAACAUGCUAGAUGUCAUGCAUGGAAGCCUGUCACAGUUUCAGAAAUGAAAACUUUCAUGGGCCUCCUUUUUCUCACUGGUAUCAUUCAUAAGCCUGAACUUGAAAUGUACUGGUGUACAGAUGACAUGUUAGCUACCCCCUACUUCAACAAGGUCAUGCCUCGCAACAGGUUUGAAAUCAUAUGGAGAUUUCUUCACUUCAAUGAUAAUACAACAAGGCCAGACAAUUGUACUGACAGGCUGUACAAAAUCCGCCCUGUCUUGGAUCACCUUGUGUCCAAAUUCCGCGAAAUGUAUCAGCCCAAGUCAAACAUUUGCAUUGAUGAGGGGAUGUUUCUGUGGCGUGGGCGCCUAGCUUUCAGAGUGUACAAUCCCCAGAAACCCAUCAAAUAUGGAGUAAAAUCCUACAUCUUGUGCGAUUCUGAUACAGGCUACUGUUUUAACAUGAAGCCAUAUUGUGGGGAAAGCGCAACCCUAGGAGACACAGUUGUCUCUCUUCUUGAUCGCCUAGCAGGUCAUGGCUACAGAUCAUUUAUGGACAACCUAUACAACUCUGUACGACUGUGUGAGCGCCUACUUGAUGUGAAAACCCAUGUAUGUGGUACAAUUAGAAAAAACAGAGGUGAACCGCCGGUCAUUCGAGAUGUCAGAAAUGCUGACCUUAGGAUUGGGGAAACAAUCAUGCGUCACAACAAAAAUGUGAUGGUCUUGGCAUGGAGAGACAAACAAACAGUGAAAAUGGUUACAACAUUCCAUCAGAACAACAUGGGACAUGUUGAGGUAUGGCAGAGAGGCCACCAAGAAAAAGUUGCAAAGCAAAAACCAGCAUGCAUUGUGGAAUACAAUCAUGAAAUGAAUGGCGUUGACAAACUAGACCAAAACAUUGUGUACUACUCUUUUAUGAGGAAGUCACACAAGUGGACGAAGAAAUUUGUCAUGUAUCUGUUUCAGAUCAGUUUGUUCAACGCUUUUGUCAUUUACAAAGCGAAAAAUCCACAGGGUAAUUGUAACACUCUUCUCUCAUUUAUCCAGAGUGUUAUAAAAUCAUGGACUAACCAAGAGUAUGCUAGUGGUGGGGAGAAAAGUGCUACUGAAAACACUCCAAGAGCACCAUACAACACUGACCCAAAAAACAGGCUGAAUGUCAGUUUUGCUGUUCAUGAACUUGUUCCAAUCCUGCCCACUCCCAAAAAGCAACACCCAACCAGAGGAUGCAGAGUUUGUGUACGUAAGGGGUUGCGGAAGGAGACCUCGUUCUACUGCAAAAGUUAUGGCGUCCCCUUACAUACUGGGAAAUGUUACUCUGUGUACCACUCAAAAGCAAAUUACAGUGCCUAAAUUUAAUAUAUUUUAGAUUUUUUUUAUAAUUGUAAUUUAUUUUGGAAGGUUUUAUAUAUGAUGGAAACGACAUCUGAAUGUAUUCUGCUUGAAAAUGCACUUGUUUGAUAAAAAUGCCUUUUUCUCAGCUUUUUGUCCAGAAUGUUGUGUUUUUGACAAAACCUGUCUAUGUUCAGGUGGCAAUAAAAAAAAGAAAAAAUUAAGAUAAAAUAAAACAGUUUUUUUUUGUUUAAAAGCAGAGGCACAGAUCUUUAUUUUGAUAUGUGGCAUGUUCAUAUAUUCAUAGAAGAAAAUAUUUUGUGGGCCAUUAAAAUUUAGUGAAAAUCGUCAAAAACCCUGGCGGUGGCUGGCAACUGAAAAAAAAAUGCUGGCGGGGAAAGAGUUAACGCUGAACAGCGAAAACAACGAGCGAAAGAAAACGGCGGGAAGCAGGAACGUUAUGCUUUCGGACUCCGCCAGAGAAUUCAAAACUCAUGGACCUUCUUCAACCGUCAAUGUCCCGGGCAAACAUGCAUUAUAGGUAAUGUAGUUCAUCCAGGAAACCUGCUGAUAACGUUACACUGUUGUAAGAUGAACUAAGGUAACUUAACGUUAACGCAUUUGUCACAUUCAACAACUUCUAAAAUUAAAAUUACUUGGAUUUGUAAAUAUUUUAUAUAUGAUAUAUAAAAA